AUGAACAAGCAGCGUCCAAGAAGGAGCACAAAGAGCCCCUCUCUCUUCUCCCAUCUCCCUGAAGAGUUGAUUCCACAAAUUCUGCUGAGGUUACCAGUUCGAUCUCUACUCCGUUUCAAAUCCGUCUGCAAAUCAUGGUUGUCUCUCAUUUCUGAUCCCAAAUUCGGUAAAUCUCACUAUGACCUAGCUGCUUCACCCACCUACCGAUGUCUUACAAUAGCUAAUGAUUCUGAAAUUGGGUCCAUAGAUGUAGAUGCACCACUUCUCAAUUAUGAAUCUUCGGUAGUAAAACUCAAAUAUCCACUUCCACCACCCUGUAAGCUAUCUCUAUUUUCUGGCAACACUGUUUGGUUCUUGGGUUACUGUAGAGGGUUUGUAAUUGUAGUUUAUGAACAGGGUGAUGUUUUUUUAUGGAAUCCAUCAACUGGUGUUCAUAAAAAAUUUAAUAUUGCACAUGUUUCAGACUUUACGUUUGAUUCUCUACAUGGUUUUGGGUAUGACACCUCAACUGAUGAUUACUUGGUUGUAUGCAUGGUAUUGAUUCCUUAUGACUGUUUUGAAGAAGAUCCGGAGGAUGUAGCUGAUUGUUAUCCUACUCGCAUUUCAUUUUUUUCCUUGAAAACAAACUCCUGGUUUUACCCGGAGGGUACUUAUGUUCAAUAUUGGGAUAAUGGUGAACGUGAAUUCAAAGUUGGGUGUUUGUUGAAUGAGGCCCUGCAUUGGUUGGUUACCUCUUAUGAAACUAAACUUCAAGUAGUUAUUGCCUUUGAUUUGGUACAAAGGACUUUGUCUGAGAUUCCUUUGUCACCAACUUUAUCCAGGAAGUUAGAACAUAAAAAGUAUCGGUAUCAUUUGAAGGUCAUGGGAGAAUGUCUCAGCCUAUGUUACCCGGGUGGCGGGGAUUCAAUGGUUGAGAUUUGGAGAGAGUUUACUAUCACUUCCUAUGACUUUGAGGAAGCAAGUGAAGACUUUGAGGAAGCAAGGGAAGACUUCGAGGACGCAAGGGAAGAUGGUCAGUUGACGAGUGCCCUGGAUGAAGCAAGUGAAGAUGACCAAUAG